UGGCUAACAACCUGCCUUAGCACUAACAAACCACAGCCUAAAUGGAAUCAGGCAUGGCGAGGACGGCCGUCUCAUGGGGACUUCUGCUCCUGCUUUGUCAACAGACGCUGGUGGCGGCCCAUGUGUUGGGCAGACCCUACCCUGCUAGCGACUUGGCCCAAUUGAAGAAUCUACUGGAGCGAUUCGAGGAGACCUUGGCUGCAGUGGCCACAGCAGAGGACCCUGCAGUGGACUACGAGGGCCCCAACCCAGAGCCUGAACAUAGUCAGGCUAGCCCAGAGUGGGACAGGGCCCCAGAGGCCCCACAGAGGCCUCUACUCUCAGACGUCCGGGAGCUAGCUGCAGAUGAGAGCUACAGCAGGGCCCAGAGUCAAAGGAGCCGGCUGCAGGACCUGCUCAUGGCCACCAGGAGUAAAGCUGUGUCCGGGUGCUUCGGAGCCAGGAUGGACCGCAUCGGGACCUCGAGCGGCCUAGGCUGCAGUCCUAAAAGACGUAGCUAGUCAGUUGAUGUAUAUACGUUACACAGAAAAAACAUAUGUAGGUUAUGUCAACUUAGUUGAUUAUAAGACACAUGUUGAUACAACUUACAGUGCAGUCAAACAUUUUAUUUUCCAGCGCUUUAUAUAUAUUUUCACACUGAGGUUGGAAUAAUACUCUGAAAUUAUGAAAAUUAUGAUAAUGCCCCUUUAGUGUAAGAGCUGUUUGAAAAUACCGCCUGAAAUUUCAGCCUGUUUUAGUGGGAUGGAGUUUUAGCCUUCCAUGUUAACACCACCAUGCGAUAAAUUGGUUAAUAUACCAAUGAGAGAGUUCCGAACCUCUGUCAAUAACAGCACAUUUUCAGUUUUCCCCUCCCCACUCAGUCCACUCCCAGACAGUCCCAGCUAAAUUCUUGCUUGAGAAAUUAAUCU